AUGAAUUUUGAACUAAAUAAUACGAAACAAAUCGGCAUUGGAUUAACACUGUUUGGAAUUACAUUUUUUGCUCUUGGUAUUGUAAUGUUUUUAGAUGGGGCAUUACUCGCUAUUGGAAAUCUUCUAUUUAUGAGCGGCUUGCUAUUAGUAAUUGGCAUUCAACGGACAAUGGCUUUCUUUUUCCAAAGGCAUAAAAUUAAGGCAUCAUCCCUAUUUUUUGGUGGAAUUAUAGUUGUAUUAAUUGGAUGGCCUUUAUUAGGGAUCGUUGCUGAAAUAUGGGGUUUUUUCCUUCUUUUUGGUGGUUUUUUGUCGGUUGCUAUAAAUUUCCUUCGACAAGUUCCUGUUAUUGGCGGUUUUUUAUGUUUACCUGGAGUGUCACAGGUUUUAGAUCGUUUAGCACCCGAAAGUCGGUACCCAAUUUAG